AUGGCUUCACUUUCUAUCGACUCUUUGUACCACGUCAGCGCGUACCUCAACGAUCGCGAUCUCCGCAACUUCUGCCUAGUCAAUCGGCGAUGUCACGAGUUUUCGAGGAAGCAUUUGUAUAGGACUAUCACUAUCAGCUUUUCCUCGUCGGAAACACUAAACUCUGCAGUGGAUCAGUGGAGUUGUAUACUGCAGAGAACGCAAAGUUUUCAGCAUGUCCAGCAUGUCAAAGUCCUCCCAAGCGACCCCUACCAAGAUCCAAUCGCUGGAGUAUUAACGGAUUGUGGAGAUAAUUGGAGGGAACCUUGGAGAUAUUGCUGGUCCCUUGGUCGAGAACAAAAAACUAUCGAACAAGACUCAGAGUGGCAGGAUUUGAGCUGUCUGAUCAAAAAACUUCCAGCUUUAAAGGCACUCACAUGGGGUUGCAGCGAGCAAAUCCCCGCGUCUAUCUUGAGAUACGUGAAUCAAACCCGGCCAAAUCUUCGACUGCAUAUGCGAAACUUCAUGUUACGUUGCCUGUUCCAGUUGUCUGCCGGAUCCGUCGUCCUUGAUCCCUAUGAGGUUGAGUUGGCAACCUCGCCAUGUCUCUAUUCUCUGACAAAGACCUACGACUAUCACCAUCGAGGCCACAACCAAGCUGCAAUCAUGGAUCUACUAGCUGGCGCGGCGCCGAACUUGCAGGAGAUCAACAUGACCUGGCAAGACGACAGUUAUUUAAGAGACUCCCAAACACCGCAAGGGCCGAUGUAUAGAUACCAGCCUGGCACUUUACCUGGUUCUUCCCCGUCACGUUUGGGUCGUCUAAAAAGUCUGAAUCUUUUUGCAAACGGCUCGUCUUCUGUGAUUCGCCGAUGGAGCUCAAUAACGGACUUUCAGUGCUUGGAGAGCCUGGAAGUGGUUUAUUUGAUGGAUGAUGAUACGCUUUUCUGGUUGGCUUCUUGUCGCCUUUCUGCACUUAAGCAUGUGUCCUUCAGUGUUGAUUUCGGAGAGUCGAACACGGAUGGACUAGAGGCUGCGAGCAUGUUUAUACAGUCCCUGGACUCUCUUACGAGCCUGAAGCUCAAAGGUCCUUUGAACCUACGUACGCUUUUGCCCACUUUCGACACCUGCGGCCAUCGCUUACGACGUCUUCUCUUGGCCACUUCCGAACUACAACCAGGAGUAGAGAAACUUGCGAGCGUAGAUCUUAUCCUCGCAUUGCGAGAAAGGUGUCCGCGACUAGAGGAGCUAGCUCUGAGUAUCAUGAGAUCCCACGGAGAUCAGAGCGAAGUCGCCAUCUACAAAGCCUUGGGCACUCUUCGCUACCUGACCAAGAUACAUCUGGCUGUAUACUAUCCCCAACCAAUCCCGUUACCUCGAGCCUACUACCUGAGGAACAAAUUCGAGGACUAUUGCACAAACGGGAAAGUUACAGACGAGCAGAUCCACCUCACACUCGACAACGCAAUCACAAACUCGGCCUUCGAUCCAACCCUCGCCCAGUCAAUCUUCCGCACCAUCUCAAAGUCAAAAGCCGAAUUCUCCUGUCCUCUUGAACGCUUGUCGUUGCGUGUGCAAAAGGUGGAUACUUACCCACCAUUGAGAGACUUACUUGCUUACAUCGGCCGCUCAUGGGUUUGUACCCGCAACGAGCGGGAUGAUAGACCGCAUGAGUGUUUCGUCAGUGAGUAUGAUGAUGCCGAGUAUAAAAUUGACAGAGAGUAUAUUGAGGUACAUAACGAGUAUCCCAAGUUGAAGAAUGCAGUGAUCGCUCAGGCCAUCUAUCGUAUCUGGCCUGCUGCUGAAAGAGGAAAUUGGGUGAAGGAAUGGCGGAGCUUUCCACUUGCUGGUUCUCAAUAA